AUGAACAUUGUCUGGAUGCUGUUGCUACUUGCUAGAGAUAUCAAGCUUAUGAAAAUAGAGGCUGAAGAGAUCUAUGAUAGCAUAAGAUUUGAUGGUGAAACUACGAGGCUAACCAAGACUACCAUUCACAUGCCAUCACAAGUUACUGCUCCAUCAUUUAAUGAAGCUUUGGUAGGUCUCAAUGAUGAGGUAGAAAGUAUAAUUGAUAGACUUACGAGAGGAUCAAGCUGGUUCGAUGUUGUUGCCAUCGUGGGUAUGCCUGGGCUUGGUAAGACAACUUUAGCCAAUAAUGUCUUCGGUUAUCCUUCAAUAAAGUUCCACUUCCAUAUUUGUGUUUGGUGUACUGUUUCUCAAGUAUAUAGCAAGCACAAUUUGUUACUGCAGAUUUUGCGUGUUAUCGAUUCUAACAGUUCUAACCAAUACCACGAGAUGAAUGAAGAUGAUUUGGCUCAAAUGUUGUACCAGCAUUUGAAAGGGAUGAGGUAUGUCAUUGUUUUGGAUGAUGUUUGGGACAUUGAAGGAUGGAAUUUGUUGAAACACUCGUUGCCAGAUGACUGCAAUGGAAGCAGGAUACUCUUAACUAGCAGAUUUCAGAAUUUGUCUCUGCAAAUUAAACCUGAUAGCCUGCCCCACCGUCAUCGCCCACUUACUGAUAAGGAGAGUUUUGAAUUGCUGCAGAAGAAGCUAUUUGCCAAAGAAGAUUGUCCUCCAACAUUAAGGGAAGUUGUACAGCACGUAGCAAAAGACUGCAAGGGCCUACCUCUCACAAUUGUCCUCGUUGCUGGAAUUCUCGCUACUACUGAGCAAGAUUGCUGGGAAGAAGUUGCAAGACAUCUAAGGUCUAGCAUUUUUGCUGACGAUGAGCACUGCAUGAAGACAAUUGAGCACAGUUACAAUUAUUUACCAGAUUAUUUGAAACCAUGCCUUAUUUAUUUUGGUGCAUCUCAAGAAGAUAAAGACAUUCCUGUCAGAAAGUUGUCAUGGCUUUGGAUGGCUGAAGGAUUCGUCCAAAAAACUGAAGGAAAGAGUUUAGAGGAUGUGGCGGAUAACUAUUUGAUGGAUUUGAUUGGGAGAAGUUUAGUUAUGGCUACCAAACAAAGAUCUUUAGGUGGGAUCAAAGUUUGCCGAGUUCAUGAUUUGGUACAUGAGUUUUGUGUGGCAAAAGCAAGAGAAGAAAGUUUUCUACAGAUUUCACAUGGGGAUGACCUUCUUACUUUUAUUGGACAGUGUAACCCCCACCGACUAGCUAUUUACCCUACUACGAGUCAGGGACUCAAAAAGUCAAUGCUAUUUUUCCCCAAUUUGCGUUCUUUGCUCUUCUUUGAUGAUGGUUAUGAGGAAGCGGAAUUGGGUGAAAUUUGGUUCAAACUUCUAUCACCUAAACUUAUUAGAGUGUUGGAUUUGGGUUACAAUUUGGUUUUUGGUAGAUAUUUUUCAGAGGAAGUAGUAGUAUUCUUUGUUCACUUGAGGUACUUGAACAUUAGAUUGGACGGUAAAGCUGGUAUCCCAUCUGCAAUAGCCAAGCUCUCAAGAUUAGAAACAUUUGUCAUAGAACCCGUUGGAAGUUGCUUUUUGUUACCAAACACUAUCUGGACCAUUAAACCAUUGAGGCAUCUUGUCGUAUCUGGACCCUUUGAAACUGGUUUCCAAUUUCGCAUCGACAAUCUUGAAGGCUCACCAGAUUUAGAACAUUUAGACACUUUAACCCUUGCAAUUAAUUCCUCUCCUCAAAGCUUGCAAAAGAUACUGACAAAGUUUCCGAGCAUCUGCAGGCUAAAAUGCGUGGAUGUCCCUGACAGAGUACAUGAUGGGAUUCUCGUGCUGGACCACUUAAGUCGAUUAGAAUCACUUAAGAUGAGCAGUUUUAAAGAUAUGAGUUUGAAUUCCCAUUGA